CACUUCUUCUUCUUCUUGCUGAAGGCGCCGCCCGUUAGAAUCUCCCGCUUGCUUCCUCCUUCGGAGACGCGACUCGACUCGACUCGACGCCUCCAAGCCGACGCCGCCAAGCGACACUGCGAAAGUCGUCUUCUCUUCCUGACGCCUCCAAGUUGUUCGGCCACGCAAGUCCCCGUUCCUCCCUCAGUCCUUGUGACGCCUCCAACAUCUGCUAUCCCGUUCGGCCACGCCAGACACCAUAGCAGUUAUCGAAGUUUAAGCCCUUGAAAAGAUAUUUGUAUAAUGGUGGUUCACCUCUCUACAAGGAGUUGACAGGCGGUGCGGCCCCAAGGUCUCAUCAUCAAUCCUUAUUCUCUUUUUAGUAUAAUUUUCAGUUUCGGUUUAGUUGUUAAAACUAGGAAGUGUAGUAUGGAGCUCAGUGUCAAGAACAUGGGGCAGGAUUCAUUUAGUAUGGAAGGAGGAGAUAGCAAUGCGGAGAUAUUACCACCAAAGAGAAGUAACAAAAAGAAGCGUGCAAAUGAGGUCUGUGAAGAUAGCAAAGUAAAGAAAAACCAAAAGUUGAGCAAGUCCCAGAAAAUAAAAUUGAAGAAAAUGGAGGAGGAUAAGGAGAAAGCACUUUUAUAUUCAAAAAGCAUUGAAAUGUUGGAGAAAUACAAAAUUCCAGAGGAUGCAUAUUCUCUUUUGCGGUCUUCGAAAAGCAUUGGAAGGGCUGAGACUCUGAUGGAAAAGCGUAGGAUGGCAGUUCAGUUUUCCAAAGCAGGUUUUGAAGUUCCACAUACUGAUGGAUUUUUAAAGGGAAGAAGUCCUGAUGAGACUUCUUGUGAAGCUGAAACUGAUGUGGACAAAAUUCAAGCAAGGGAUAUCUAUGAGAAUUCUCCAGUGCAAUCGAUUAUUACAGAAAUAAAAUUUUUAAACAAAACACCUGAUUCUUUGCUCUGUCCUCAGAAGCUGAGUCAUAGUUAUGAACUUGGUUCAGAUGGUGGAUCUAAGGGUUCAUUAUUUGCUGAGAAAGCUUCUGCAGAAGUUAAUUGUUUGGCUAUUCAAGAGGGCAUCAGCCUUUCUACCACAAAGAUUCCUGGACAUGAUGACAGACAAAUCUCCAAUCCAACGGAUGGAGUAGAUGAGAUUAAAAAUAAAGAUGCUAGUAGGAGUACCAACCUUGCAGAUUGUUCCUUACAGAGGCCUGUUAUGUCUCCGACUGUAAUCCAUGUACUGAGACCAGAUGAAGUGGAGAACAAAAGAAAGGAUCUUCCAAUAGUGAUGAUGGAGCAGGAGAUAAUGGAAGCUAUAAAUGACCAAUCAACUGUAAUUAUUUGCGGCGAGACUGGUUGUGGUAAAACCACUCAAGUUCCUCAGUUUCUAUAUGAAGCUGGAUUUGGUUCCAAGCAGCACAGUGCUCGAAGUGGAAUCAUCGGUGUCACUCAACCGCGUCGUGUCGCUGUUCUUGCUACUGCAAAGAGGGUAGCAUUUGAGCUUGGUCUUCAUCUUGGUAAAGAAAUUGGGUUUCAAGUUAGGUAUGACAAACAAAUUGCAGAAAGCUGCUCCCUCAAAUUUAUGACAGAUGGAAUUUUACUACGAGAAGUUCAGAAUGAUAUGUUAUUGAGGCGUUAUUCCGUAAUUAUUCUGGAUGAGGCUCAUGAAAGAAGCUUAAACACAGACAUACUUAUUGGAAUGGUUUCCCGUGUAAUAAGAGCCCGUCAGCAUUUAUAUGAGGAGCAGAGAAAGAUGGUGCUAUCAGGGCAAAGUAUUAGUUCCGAGAAUAUUAUAUUUCCAAUAAAACUUAUUUUGAUGAGUGCCACUUUGCGAGUGGAAGACUUCAUUUCUGGAAGAAGAUUAUUUCGCGAGCCCCCUCCUGUUAUAGAAGUGCCUACCAGACAAUUUCCAGUGACUAUACACUUCUCUAAGCGAACAGAAGUUGUUGAUUAUAUUGGUCAAGCUUACAAAAAGGUCAUGUCAAUUCACAGAAGGCUGCCACAAGGAGGCAUACUUGUCUUCGUCACUGGGCAGAGAGAAGUAGAGCACUUGUGUCAGAAACUACGUAAAGCUUCAAGAGAGCUGAACUUAAGUUCUUCUAAAGGGAAUGUAAGAAAUGAAGUGACUGACAUCUCUGAAAUGAGCUGCAUUGAGGGCAUGAAUAUGAAGGAGAUCAAUGAAGCUUUUGAUGUCAAUAGAAAUUCAACUCAUCAGGGAACUGACAGGUUUAGCUCUUAUGAGAACGAUUUUUAUGAUAAUCAAGAGGAUGAUGAGUCAGAUCACUCAUAUGAUUCAGAGACAGACAGUGAUUUGGAGAUUAUUAAUGAGGAUUGGAACUCACCAGAGCAAAAAAUUUGUGACAACAAUGACAAUCUUGUAGGGGUUUUAGGAGACAAUGGAAGCCUUACUUCUCUUAAGGCUGCCUUUGAAGCAUUAGCUGGUAAAAAUGGUUUUUACUCUAAUCCUGGGAGUAGUAAAGAGAGCAUGCCUGUUGACAUUGAAGAAUCCUCUGGGCAAACCAGUUCAAGAAUGGAGAAGACAGAGGACGAAGAUAGACGUCUUUGUGCUGGGGCCUUGCAUGUUCUGCCACUUUACGCCAUGCUACCUGCAGCUGCACAGCUACGUGUAUUUGAAGAGGUUAAGGAAGGGGAAAGGCUUGUUGUUGUCGCUACUAAUGUGGCAGAAACUUCAUUAACAAUUCCUGGCAUAAAGUAUGUGGUUGACACUGGAAGGGAAAAAGUGAAAAACUACAACCCUGCCACUGGCAUGGAAACAUAUGAGAUACAAUGGAUUAGUAAGGCAUCAGCGGCCCAACGUGCUGGCCGAGCUGGAAGAACUGGGCCUGGCCACUGCUACCGUCUCUAUUCGUCUGCAGUCUUUAAUAACAUAUUUCCUGACUUUUCUUGUGCUGAAAUAUCUAAAGUACCUGUUGCAGGUGUCAUUCUUCUUUUGAAAUCCAUGGGAAUUAGCAAGGUUGCAAAUUUCCCAUUUCCAACUCCUCCUGAACCCACUUCCUUGGUUCAAGCAGAGCGUUGCUUGAAGACUCUUGAAGCACUUGAUUACGAUGGAAACUUGACAUCGUUGGGGAAAGCUAUGGCUUAUUUUCCGAUGAGCCCGCGUCAUUCUAGGAUGCUCCUUACAGUUAUCCAUCUUAUGAGAAAGGUGAGAAAUUAUGCUCGGGCAAACAAAGUUCUAGGGUAUGCAGUAGCAACUGCGGCAGCUUUGAGCUUGUCAAAUCCUUUUAUUAUGCAGUUUGGGGGGAGUCCGGCUGAUAAAAAGGACUUAGACAAUGACGACAAAUGUAAUGCCUCUGAGGUUGAGGAAAUUGUCAACAAACAAGAAAAAUUGAGGAAAAAGAAAUUAAAAGAAGCAGCAAAAGAGUCUCGUACAAAAUUUUCUAAUCCUAGGAGUGAUGCUUUGACUGUGGCUUAUGCAUUACAAUGUUUUGAGCUUUCUACAAGCCAAGGAGAUUUCUGCAAUCAACAUGCAUUGCAUCUGAAAACUAUGGAGGAAAUGUCGAAGCUUAGAAAGCAGCUUCUUCAACUGGUCUUCAACCAGAAUGUGAAUUCUGAUGUUGGACAUGAUUUCUCAUGGCCCCACGGAACCAUGGAAGAUGUAGAACAGUCCUGGAGGAUUGCCUCCAGUCAAUGUCCUCUGCUAUAUGAUGAGGAAGAGCUCUUGGGCCAAGCUGUCUGUGCUGGAUGGGCUGACAGGGUUGCUAAACGCAUAAGAGGAGUCUCUGGGUUGUCAGAGGGGGAUAGAAAAGCUAAUGCAGUUCGCUAUAGAGCUUGCAUGGUUAAGGAAACUGUUUUUCUUCAUCGUUGGUCAUCUGUUUCAAGUUCAGCUCCAGAGUUCUUGGUAUACAGUGAGUUAUUACAUACAAAACGGCCAUACAUGCAUGGAGCAACCAGUGUUAAAUCAGAUUGGCUAGUCAAGUAUGCUGGGUCCCUGUGUACUUUCUCUGCACCUCUUACAGAUCCCAAACCUUAUUACGAGCCUCAAGCAGACCAAGUAUUUUGUUGGGUCAUUCCAACAUUUGGACCUCACUUAUGGGAGCUUCCAUUGCAUAGUUUGCCAAUUACCAGUGAUGUGCAUCGUGUUGCAGUAUUUGCAUAUUCUUUGCUUGAGGGACAUGUGUUACCAUGUUUAAGAUCUGUCCGGAAGUUCAUGACAGCUCCACCUGGAACCAUUUUGAGGCCAGAGGCAUCUGGUCAAAAACGGGUAGGCAAUCUUCUUUACAAGUUGAAGGCAAGGUCUAUUGAUAGCUGUAGAAUGUUAAGAAAAGCAUGGGAUGAAAAUCCUAAGGUUUUGUAUUCAGAAGUCCUGGACUGGUUUCAGGAGAGCUUCCACAAUCAAUUUGAGGAACUUUGGUCGAAAAUGCUGCAUGAAGUCUGUUUAGAGCCCCAAGAGCGUUACCCUAAGAAAACGAAGAAGGAUAUAAAGCGAAGCAAAUUGCUUGUUUGAUAGGUUCACUGGAGGUAUAACUUUGUGGAGGAAGUAAAAGCUCUGAAAGUGGGCAGAACCAUUAGCAACAAUGCAGUUCUAGUGUUAAUGUCUCUGCAUUACACUGUGAGCUGUCUCGUGAAUCUACCUUGUCUUCCUGUAUUUCAAGAUGCUUUGCAUUUUUGUGGAAGAUAACGUUGCCUCUUCAGCCUAUUGAAUCUUUAUUUAGCCAUUGUACUAAAUGGCAAGCUAAGUUAUUGACGCUGAUAAGAUCUUUGUAUUAUGUUGCCUGUUGCAGGAGUGAGGAUGCAUUAAAAUUCAAGAAAAUGGAAGAACUUAAGUCGAAGGAGAUGGAGAGGGAAGAAGCUGGAAGAUUGGGACAACAGAGUGGAUGAUUGUUGGCAGUUCCAACACUUAGUAAAUGAAGAAUACAUACCAUAAAUGUACAUGUGGGAUUUUCUGCCAUUGGUAUGUCAUGCAUACGAUACUGAAUUGUCUGUUUUAUCUUGUAACUUGGUGACGAUUUGGUUCAAAAACUCUGUUUGGUUACAAGUUCACAGCUCACAAGGCCAUGCUAGCAGUCCUCAUGUCCUGUUCUUUGACAUAAUUUGUAACUGUCAUCAUUGUCGGAAUACAUAACACAUAUAUUAAUAUA